GGACUAGCGGGACUAGGGGGACUGGUCUAGGCUGUGUUUCGAGGUUGUCAGUCUUUUUUUCUUGUCGUUUCGGCCUAGUCCCACAGCGGUACAAUUUUUCCUUCAACAUCACAGCUUGAGCUACUCGAGCUACCUCUUGUUUGGCUUGUUGGAGGACAACAAGGCCGCUUCAGAGAGAGAUGAAGAAACAAGGCUUCGACUCGAAGAAGUAUAAGCAGAUAAAGAGACGCCAGGCCAGGCAGAUCAAGUCCCAGACACACGAUCCGGCGCUGAACAAAGAUGGUAUACUGAACACGGCGGAGUUUCUCAAAUCGAGGAAGUUUGAGAUCGGGGAGCUGGAGAAGGCCCAGCUGAACUCGAAGUUUGCGUCAUCGACACGGGCAUUCCAGUCGCUACCCAGAACUCUUCGACGCAGAACUGCCUCCCAUAACGUCAAGCGUAUUCCCAAGAGAUUGCGUAAGAGGGCGCUGAGAGAGAUGCAGUCGUCUGAUACUCCAGCAAGCUCGAAGCGUGGGAAACUACGUGGCCGAGAGCUAUACAGAGCUCGCACUGUGUCCUCGCUGUUAAGACUGGCAACAAGGUUGCAAUUGCACAAGCAGCUGCCAGGUAAUACUACACUGGGGCGGCUAAGGAUGAGACAGAGAAUCAAAGAGUUGAAUAAACAACUGAAGAGCAGUAGAGAUGCUGACUCGAUAGACUUCAACAACACAAUCGGAUCGUACGACAUCUCGUCAGUCAAUUCACUCGCAUCACCACCAAGAGGAAAGGUUAAAUACACCAAACGUCAAUUAGAAUUCACAUGGCUGAAUACCCAUGUUUGGCAUGCGAAGAGAGCACACAUGAUCAAAAGAUGGGGGUGGCAGAUCCCUCUUCAGCCGACACAGAAGUGCUUCAGGUCGUCUCAUAGAGCGUUCAAUCUUGACGGGGCAGUAGUUUGGGACAAGAGCUUCAUAGGAACUUGUAUCAUUCAGGGCGAUAACGAAGCAAGCAUCGUGGAACUCGUUAACCAGGUGAUUGUCGGCAAGAAAUGGACCAAACUGAAGAGCGAUGGCCUUUCUAUCAACACAAUGGUCGAAUCUGACGAUGAUAUCAUUGGGGAGAUUACAAUCAUAGCUUUCCAAAGUCCAGCGACAAAGAGAUGUGUCAUCAGGGCACACCCUUCUAUAUACACAGAAGUUUUCAACUUACUGGUCUCUAAACGAACUGAGGACGUUGAGAUCGUCGACUGCAGAUAUGCUCUGGGUUCAAUUGAGAUCACUGGACCUGUUGCCCUAUCUUCAUUGGCCACUGUUCUAAAACCAGUGGAUCCUUCAUCUGCCAAUGCUCAAAUCUUCAAAGAGCUGUGUUGUCAGACGCACCUUCCAGAUAAAACCAUGUUUACUCUGAUGGUACAGGAUCCAAGGCUGGCGAAUAGAACUAAACCUUCACAACGUUCUAACGCUGAUCCCCUCGACUCCUUAAUCAGGAUGAAGGCAACACGUGAGAAUUUGGACCAAUUUACCAUAGAAGCACUGUUAACUUCCAAGGGGAGAAUGGAAUCAUACAAGGAUCAAAAGUCCCUGAAACAGGUUCAAGUCGAAUUGAAUAAACCUGUUGAUGAGAGACAACCUGGUAAACCUAUCCCUGUUAUGCUCUUCAACAACGACGGUGUCUGGACGGUACUGGUUCCAUGGUUUUGGACGUUGCCUAUAUGGCACGCACUGGUCCACAUUGCCCAUGUUAAGCUUGGUGGGUUGAAACAAACACAUCAGCUGAAGUUUGAAUCUGGGAAGUUGUUCUUCCCUGUGGACUUCCCCUUUACACAGGUUGGCGAGUUGGAGAAUAAGCUGAAUGCCGACGUGAAGAGGGAAAAGUGGGCUAAAAAGCCAAAGGGUAAGAGGGUCAACUACGACUCCAUCAAAAUUGGCAACAGCAGAGGUGAAGUUGGGGAUCCAUUCGGAUGUGACUGGAGAUAUCUACAGGUGUUACGGAUUGCCCUGCCACAUGUGACCAACAACAGGUCAAUAUCCAGAACCUCUGUUUGGAAUGAGCAAUUCCAAAGAAAAAUUGAAGAGCUACACGACGUCUACAACCUGAUUGAGGACGUCAAACAGUCCAAAGUGAACAAGCUGUCCAAAUUACCGAUACGCUUAUCAAGCGCAGUGGAGUAUCCAUCCACCAUUGAAUCUCCACUCCCAGUGACCACGAUCAACGUCACUACCCUCUCCAGGGGGUCCAUCGGCGACAACGCACGCCUCUAUUCGAUCCCAACGGAGGAUUUGAGCGAAUGGCUCUCCACCAUUGACUCCAAGCACACCAAUGGCAGGAAGAACCACGAGUCUUACCCACAGUGCCCAUCACCGCAACAUCUGGUCGGGUUCAUCACCUCUGGCACAUACAACCUACACGAGGGCCACGCCACAGGCGUUGGCUGUGUCGACUCGGUGUGGACUACACGCUCAGAGAGGUUCCUUCUACUGAGAAACGUCGGUGUUGAUGUUGUUCGCCUGGUUACCUGGGAAGCCGUCGAUGCCCUCAAGGCCAUGCGCCCUACACGGAGAUGACGCGGGAAUCAAAACAUUACCCGGCUUACACGUGAAACACACUCCAAGUAAAUAGUGCGCCUACCAAAUAAAACGACUAUAAAAGAAAACAAA